UUAACUUAUUUCUGUUGACAUUUCCACCUUAGCGAACAUUUGGCGGUGGUUUAGAUUUUUUUUUUCUUCCCAGGUGAGGAGGUCGGCGAUAAACAAUGGCGGAUGAGAGAUUUAACCGGAAGAAUCCGGCGGUGAAGAGGAUUUUGCAAGAGGUUAAGGAGAUGCAAGCGAAUCCUUCUGAUGAUUUCAUGUCUCUUCCCCUCGAGGAGAAUAUAUUUGAGUGGCAAUUUGCGAUCCGAGGUCCUAGUGAUACUGAAUUUGAAGGUGGGAUUUACCAUGGGAGGAUUCAGUUGCCUUCAGACUAUCCUUUCAAACCUCCUUCAUUCAUGUUAUUGACCCCUAGUGGUCGUUUUGAAACCAAUACCAAGAUUUGCUUGAGCAUUUCUGAUUACCAUCCUGAGCAUUGGCAACCAUCAUGGAGUGUUCGGACUGCUUUGGUGGCUCUCAUUGCCUUCAUGCCUUCAAACCCUAAUGGAGCUCUAGGCUCAGUAGAUUAUCCAAAGGAGGAGAGACGUUCACUUGCCACUAAGUCACGCGAGACACCACCCAAAUAUGGUUCUCCUGAGCGUCAAAAAAUAAUUGAUGAGAUUCAUCAAUAUAUGCUCAGCAAGACACCGACUGCUCCCAAACCUAAUCCUCAGGAAUGUAACAAAACGCCUUUGGCUGAUUCAGACAAUCAGUCCCAGACCGAGCCGCAGGACGCUGCAACGGUUAUAUCAGAAUUUGAUACAGUGGCUGAAGAGAGAGUAGUUGGUCAAAUCGCUGAAGAGGCAGCUCAGACGGUUUUUCCAGGAGCGAAUGCAGCAGUAGUAGAGGUUGCAGAGGGAGAUAGUGGAGGAAGCGGCUUGGUCAGGCAGCAGGAGCGACGUACAUCCGUUGUCAGGACAGCUCAAAAACCGGGUGAUGACAGGUUGUUCACGUGGGCGGCGGUUGGACUCACGAUUGCGAUUGUUGUUCUCCUGCUGAAGAAAUUCGUUAGAUCGAGUGGUCAUGGCGCUGUGUUUAUGGACGAGUCGUAAACGCUGAAUUCCCAAACUGGGAGAUAUGGUCCCAAAAAGAAAGCAACAAAAGUGGAAGAGUUUAUACGACUGUGAAAUGGGGAAAUAAGUAAUUAAUUAGUUAUGUACUUAUGUUAAGGUAUUUUGAUCAUGUGUUGAUAACUCGUGUUAGAUGAAUGUGUCAUGUAAACGCAUUGGACCCGUUUCCAAAGCUACUUCACGUCACAAACUCAAAACUUGUUUUAUAUUUGUAAAGUACAGAAACAAAUCAUGGAUACGUAGCACAAACAUUUAUAA